CCACGCCUCUCCUCCCCAGCCCCCUUCCAGCUGUGUGGGACCAUGAUGCUCAGCAGCUCCGUUGUGGAGGUUCCCAGCCCGGGCGGGAUGGGCGGCCUCAGCGGGCUGAGCGCGGCAGCGGCUCGGAACGUGGUGCGCUCCUCCAGCAUCUCGGGCGCCAUGUACGGCCUGGAGAAGAGCCCCGGCGGCGGGGCCCCGGACUCCACCUCGCUGGCCGGCAACAAGAAGCGGCGCUGCAGUCUGGGCGCCAAGAUGGUGGCCAUCGUGGGGCUGUCGCAGUGGAGCAAGAGCACACAGCAGCUCCACCAGCAAGACGGCGGGACGAAGAAGCUUCGCAGCACCAUCCGACGGAGCACGGAGACGGGCAUCGCCGUGGAGAUGAGGAACCGAGUGACACGGCAGGGCAGCAAGGACUCCACCGACGGCAGCACCAACUCGAACAGCUCCGACGGAACGUUCGUCUUCCCCACCACGCGCCUGGGGCCCGAGAGCCAGUUCAGCGACUUUCUGGAUGGACUGGGCCCCGCUCAGAUCGUCGGCCGGCAAACACUGGCUACACCCUCGAUGGGGGAUGUCAACGUGGGCAUGGUAGACCGAGGAGGGCAGCUGGAGGUGGAGGUCAACCAGGCCAGAGGGUUGACGCCCAAGCCGGGCUCCAAGAACAUACCAGCGACCUACGUCAAGGUGUAUGUGCUGGAGAAUGGCCUCUGCUUGGCCAAGAAGAAAACCAGAGUCGUGAAGAAGAAUCUGGACCCCACCUACCAGCAGGCGCUGUUGUUUGAUGAGAGUCCCCUGGGCAAAGUCCUCCAGGUAAUAGUGUGGGGGGAUUACGGGCGAAUGGACCACAAGUGCUUCAUGGGAAUGGCCCAGAUCCUUCUCGAGGACUUGGACCUGUCCGCCACCGUCAGCGGCUGGUACAAGCUGUUCCCUACCUCCUCUCUGGCAGAUCCCAGCAUCGGACCCCUCACCAGACGCCUCUCCCAGUCCUCCCUGGAGAGCGCCACGAGCCCCUCGUGCACCUAGACACCUAGUAGGCACCCACAAGCACGGGCACAGGCAGAGUCAUGCAGACACGUACUGUAUAUACACAACGACUAAGUGCAAGACAGGUAGCCAUACACGUACACACACACACACACACACACACACACACACACACACACAUAUAUACCCGCGUGCAUCGGUGGAGGGUGACACAUAACCGUGCAAAUACAUGAUCUCAUCCACAUGACUACACACACACACACACACACACACACACACUACGUCCACGUACUCGCAUUCUACAAAGCAAAUUCAACUUGAAGUCGACUUAUUUUACCAGAACAUGUAGCAUUUUUCACCGUCCCAUUUUAACAUUUCUUACCAUGAAACAGCAAAUCUGCAUUCCAAUGUACCAGAUUGUGGUGCGACUCAUCCCAGGGUCAUGUGACCAUGAUGCCAGUUUCUAUGCCCUCUAUGCCAAACUAAGGAAAAAAAAAACUUUAUUUUUUAAAACCAAAGCAAUUGUUAUUGUUGUUACUACUAUAAGUUGUAGGUGAACUAGUAUACAAUAUAAAGUAUGGAUAUGUAGCAGAGUCAAUGACUUAGAUGUAAUGCAAAAAAAACCGAACAUACAUUCUACACACAUGAGCAUAAACAUACCAACAGGCUUGAGUAGUCCCACAACGGCUGUUAUGUGAGGUAGCAACACUGCUAUUCUUUAAUUCUUACAGGGCAGAGUUUAUAUAACAAUGUGUGCGUGUAGAUAUAUAUCUACAUAUAUCAUUAUAUUUGUAGAUAUAUCUAUAUAUAUAUAUAUAUAUAUAUAUUAAUAGAUAGCUAAAUACUUAUUUGUAUUUAUGUAUCGGCUGCACUCUGCAUGUUUGCUUGCAACCCUCGUAGAGACAUUUUAAAACGCUUAAAUCUUCUUAUUUUGAUCGCCUCGAACCGAUGUAGCAGGUAUAGCGCCACUUUAUUGCUCCGAGCAGGGUAGGAGGGUGGGGCUUUAAGGGUGGGGCUGUCAUGGCGAUUACAGAGGAAAAGACACCGCUGUCAGACUACAUUCGGGAUCCUGCCUUCAUCUUAGUAGUAAAGGACUGCUGCACAAAGGCUUCCUGGGAAACGUGUCCAGCUUGAGUGCCCCCCCCCCCCCCUUUCCCGCUCCUGUAAAACCAGCACUCAGAUGUGUUUGAACUUUCCACCUCACACUCUCCAUGGUAACGGUAGGAAGAUGGCGAGCGUGCAAACGCAGUGAACAACCUGCCCCCUUUAACCCCGUCUGCGUGGUCACCUUUCUCAGUGUAACCUAUCCUGUUGUAAAUGUGUCAACUUAUAUUGAAUUCCAGAUCAUUCUUAUUAUUUUUUUACAGCUGACUAUGUUGCCAGUGUUACUAUUGGAGCGGGUUGACUGUUGUGUGCCGUACUUUUACUUGUUUCGGGUGCAACACGUCGAUCUUUACAUUUCCGUUAGGCAGCGUGUUUGUGUUUUAAGAAGGCACUUUACUGAAAUAUAUUUAUGUUUUAAAUGACACAGAUGCAGGGUUGAGUUCCUGCUUAUGUUUAUUUGCGCAUUCCUGAAUAUUUUAAUUGAAUACCAGCAUGGAAAUGCCAUUCAAAUGUGUGUGUGUUUUACUAAGGCCCGCUAAGACGACUGGUCACCGCUGUCCCUGAUUUUAUGACUUAACGCGGAGCAUCAUAAUAAGUGACUUGUUUGCAAAGAACUUUGAUAUUUUUGCAACAUUGGCAGAGUCAAAAGGUAAACUAUUAUAGAAAAAAAUAUUUACUACAAUGCGUUUGUACAUGCAAUGUAUUUAACCUUUAAAGUUUCUCCUUUAACGUUUACCUCGUACAAUCGCCAACGCCACUUUGUUCUCGUCCAUUCGAAGCCUUUCAUUGGCAUUUGCUUCACAAGUCCAACCCGGCGUGUCUUGGUCAGAGUCAGUUGACGCAGCGGCAGAGCGAACUGAGCUACUGGCGUCUCACGCGAGUUGCUUUGAGAUGGAUAUUUUUCGUGAUUCUCCUCGGUGGCUCAGAGCCGUUUUGUCAACCCGUCCGUCUUGGGACCAACAGCGAGCCUCGGUCACGGAUAAAGACACUGCGGUUGUGUUUCUGGUAGAUGUGGGAGAGAGGCUCCUUCUGGGCUAUAAAUAGCUGGAGCCUGUUUCGGAGCUCACAUUUGGUUUCGUCAGCACACUUUCUUCACAAAAAGGGAAACCGAGAAGCACUUUCUCUCGUCGGCACAUCAGACAAAUAUAAUUCACAUUUAAUGCUCUUUAGACUUUGGGUAAAGGGAUCUCUGACAUUAUUGAUUUAUUUUGGGAUGUAUACAGGCCUUUUAGAAGAUCCAUCAAGGUCUGGGUUCCAUUUUUUUAACGUUUUGGAGCUAUUUAAGCUAUAUAGAUGUAUGAAAUCAUAUAAUGUACCCUUUUUAGUUUGUCUGUAGUCUUGUGGAGAGCUGGGAUUAUGUUAAAGCAAAGUACCUACGAUACUCCUGGUAUUUUCACACUUUCCUUGCGUGCGUGUGAGGAUGCCGGGUUCCUUCGAAUCCGUUUCGAAACCAAAUGGAACGUUUGAAUUGGGCACUUUCUUCAAAGUGCAAUGUGGAUGUUGGUCACUCAGUGAGGUGCAUUUACUGCUCUGCUCGACCCGAUAAUAAUGAGCGGCCAGAUGUGAGUGAGAGGUAUACAGAUGUGUAAAUAUUUAUUAAAAAGCAACAUGCACCCCCAGUGCAGUGAAGAGAAUAGAAGGAUCAGGGCUUUGGGAUUUGAGCAUCGACGACCUCACGUCACAGCGCAUUGUGGUAACACGCCGUUAACGUACAUUGUCUCUUGCGUAGCCGCUCUGAUUUAUUCUGACAGUUUUAAAAGAGUUGAAGAAGCACCAGGGUUAAAUCCACGUGGAGAACUUUUAUAAUGCAUCUUCAAUCAACCCCAACCGUCCCUGGAGUGCUGUGUCGGAAAUGUGUUUUAUUUUUGUAAGGAGAGAGGUGUUAUUCAGAGGAGGAGGAGGAGGAGGAGGAGGAGGAGAGAGUCAGAGGCAUAAACCUGCCUUGAGAUUCUGUCGUGAAAAUGAGGGCUCAGUUUACAAUGGCCUUAUUUUGUGUAGGAGACAUUGCUAUCACUAUUGUAGCACACAACUGAAAGUUUUGACAAAUGUAUUUUGCUUGAAAUGUACUGAAGUUCUAUAUGUGUAUAUGUCUAGUUUUCUGAAUGUAUUUCCUAAUCCUUACACCAGGACGUGUCAUUUGGUUGUCCUUUCAUUUGCUAAAUUUAGUCUUUUUAAAGACUUUCCAGGGACCUCACUUGCAUUGGUUACUUUUACCGGAUUGUAUACCGUAUGUCUUAUUCUUUGUGUGGUCUUUUUUUUUUUUUUUUUUUAAAAGAUCACCUUUGGUUGAAACAAGCAUGAGUUCUUUCUGGCCAAAUACACGUUUUAUUUGAUUUUAAAUUGCCACAAAGUUUCAGCAGAUUAACUUUUAACUCAAUUUGAUGGAACGUUUUAGAGGAUUUUGUACUGAGCUUGAAACGGUUUGCCGCAUGGUUACUCUGAUGCUUUUCAUCUAUUUAAUCUUCACGAGGGUACGACUGCCAUGAUAUUUAAUUAUGACAAUGACUCGUCAUGAAGUCAGUCGCACCCGGUACAACGUCGAAGGAAAGUCAUUGAGAUGCAAAAAUCUUAAAGUAGCAUUUAUUUAGCCUUCCUCUUUCUGAAAAACAAUAACCACUGGCCUCUGUGUCGCUAUUUAGAGUCAAACUGUAUCGACACAACGGGACAACGAAUAACAAUUAAAGUUAAAGUCCCAUUUUGAAGCACUUGAUGUGAGAGCAUGUGAUGCAUUGUGAAUAGCUAUUUUAUGAGCAACACAGUUUGGUUUGGGAGUUUUUAGUGUUGAUUAUCAUUUUUCGAAAGGAGCAUGCGUUCCGAAUGUCCGUUUAACCGACGUAGCAGCGACACCGCUGAGCCGAGGCUCAAAAGAGGCGCGUUUGUCUUCACCCACGUCCAUAAAUGUCGGGAAAAUCACAGCACAAGUCUCCCCCGGUAUCCAUUCUGUCCUUUUUUUCUUAGCUGUCCGUCAAACUAUAUUAAGCCCCCACCCCACCCACCCUCACACGAGCAAAGACAACCCUUAACCCCCAAGCCCAGCAAAGCAGCACGGUUUGCAGCACUGAGGUAGAUGUUGGGAGAUGGACCUGCAGGAGGACUGAAGCUCUGUUACGUUGGCUCGCUGCUGUCGGUGGGUGAUCGGUUGUCUUUUCUUAACCGGGCCUAUCAGGCACCCAGAUAUGAUGAAAGGAUGCUCACAAGGAGGACAAAAGGGAGCUGGAAUUUUAUACCUGUGCUUUGUAAAUGUUUUCUAUGUGCAGUAUUUGAUAAUGUAAAACUGGUAUUUUUGUGGUUUGUACGCUGCAGAAUUGAUAACUUAAGGUGCACGUAGUUUUGUAAGAAAAUUGAACCAAACCGAGGGGGAAAAUGUUGGGUUCAGAAGCCUGUAUUUGCAUGCCCUUUGACAUCUGGACGUCAAGUCAAUAAAGUUUAUUUGAAUCACA